GUUUGAUGCCUGGUUAAGCAUGGGGUUUUGCUGCUCCAGGGAAAGCUUGUGACAGGCAAUGAUUUGGUGGGAGGUGGUUUGGGCCUUGUGUUUUGGGCCGAGAAGCAAAGAAGCCCAGAGAGAGGGAGAGGAGAAGAGGAGCAACCUUGCGGUCUCCGAUACCACCGAGACAGCGCCAACCUGCGUCCCUUCCCCCGACCUCGGCAGCAGAUCGACAAAUCCUCCCCGCCACCGCCCUCUCGAGCGAGUCGUCUUCCUCCUCCCGCUCACUGUGCCAGACUGCCAUUUCCCUAUCGAUUUCCAAUGGUCCGUUGCUGAAAAGGACAAUCUGGUAAAGCAGCUCGCACGAUACAGACACAUGCACUCCUUGGGGAUGCUCGCCCCUCCUUCCUAACAUUCUUCACCUUUUUCUUUGUUUCUACUUCUCUUUCUCUUUCUUGUGUUCCCUCCCCUUUCCUCAAUCCGUAUAUAUACUCUAGCUUCUCGUUCUUUGUUGGCUCCUUCUUUUCUUCCUAUUAUUGUUCUUCUUCUUGGUUCUUGCUCCCUCCCCUUGCUACUUGGCUGGUUGGGUCGGUCAGGGUCUUUCUUGAUCUGCAUUCCGCCCGCCGCCGCCCGGAUGGAGAACGGACACGCCAAGAACCGGGUGGCCGUCAUUGGCAGCGGCAACUGGGGCAGCGUUGCCUCCCGCCUCAUCGCUUCUAACACCGCUAAGUUGCCCUCUUUCCAUGAUGAAGUUAGGAUGUGGGUAUUUGAAGAAAUAUUACCAACAGGCAAGAAACUCUCCGAGUCCAUUAACCAAGCCAAUGAGAACUGCAAAUACUUACCUGGUAUAAAGCUUGGAGCUAAUGUAAUUGCUGAUCCUGAUUUGGAGAGUGCAGUGAAAGACGCAAAUAUGCUUGUUUUUGUUACUCCCCAUCAAUUUGUGGAGGGUAUAUGUAAGAAGCUUGUGGGUAAACUAAGGCCAGGAGCUGAGGCUAUCUCCCUCAUCAAGGGCAUGGAGGUCAAGAUGGAAGGACCAUGCAUGAUAUCUAAAUUAAUUACAAACAUACUUGGAAUCAAUUGUUGUGUCCUUAUGGGUGCUAACAUUGCAAAUGAGAUUGCUGUUGAAAAGUUCAGUGAAGCGACAAUUGGAUAUAAGAAAGACAAGGAAAUGGCGACCCGCUGGGCUAAAAUUUUCACCACACCUUACUUCCUGGUUUCUAUUGUAGAAGAUAUUGAGGGAGUUGAAUUAUGUGGAACACUGAAAAAUGUUGUGGCCAUUGCAGCAGGCCUUGUUGAUGGUUUGGACAUGGGAAACAAUACCAAGGCUGCAAUCAUGAGAAUUGGUUUGUGGGAAAUGCGUGCUUUCUCUAAGCUUCUGUCUCCUUCAGUCAGAGACAACACCUUCUUUGAGAGCUGUGGUGUGGCUGACCUAAUAACUACAUGCCUUGGUGGGAGAAACAGAAGAGUGGCUGAGGCCUUUGCAAGAAAUGGUGGCAAAAGGUCUUUUGAUGAGUUGGAGGCCGAGAUGCUACAUGGCCAAAAACUCCAGGGAGUGUCCACAGCAAAAGAAGUUUAUGAAGUCUUGACUUAUCGAGGGUGGCAAGAGUUGUUUCCUCUACUGUCCACAGUGCAUGAAAUUUGUAUUGGUCAACUACCUCCUACAGCAAUAGUUGAAUACAGUGAGCACACGCCCAACCUCUCCAUCAUCAGUGGUUCUAGUCCGUAUAACUGAGCUAGAUUCUGCACAUUGUAUCAUUGCCAAUAUUCUCGGCGUCACUUGUUACAACAGAACAAGUUGAAAUAUACUGAAUAUCUGAAUCCAUUAUAUAUUAUUCAGUUAUGUCACAUCAUAAAGU